AUGCAGUCAAUUUUACAGUAUCGUCGUCUCCGCCGAGAGGUGGAAGAGGAGUUGGCAAAUGUCCAAUCCAAACCCUCCAGCUUGCGUUCCAACACCUCGCCAUUCUCGCUCGAGGCAAAUGCAGAUGGUUAUACGGGCCCCGAAACAAAAGAGCUACAAAAGCCAGUGGUAUCAACUGAUAUGCUUCUUGUACCCGGUGUCACAGUUUCGCACCCAAACGGAGCCAACGGCGAUAUUGUCUUGGUGGUCGGCUGGAGAGACAAUGACCCAAGUAAACCUAUCAACUGGUCACUGCUGAAGAAAUGGAUGGUCAUGUUGAUGUGCGCUUUAAUUGCCAUUGCAAUGACGGUUCCAUCAUCCGUCGAAGGUGCAACGCAAGACGCCUUUGAUGCCCACUUUGGUGUGAACGGUAUGGCUGGAUCAAUGACGACUGGUAUCUUUCUCAUCGGCAUUGGCGUGGGUUCGCUCUUCUCCGGCCCUUUCUCAGAGACCUUCGGCCGUAACGCAGUUUAUUUCGUUGCUUUGGUCUUUGUCAUUGUGUUCACCAUGGCCAAGGCAUUGGCGCCAAACUAUGGUGCUGCCCUCGCCUUCCGCUUUAUUUGCGCUCUGUUUGCAGCUGCACCUAUGACGGUCGCAGGCGGAACUGUUGGUGACAUCUGGCAACCCUUACAGAUCCCUUUCAGCCUACCCUUACUCACUAUGAGCGCCUAUAUGGGUCCCAUCUUAGGACCUGUAAUUGGGGCCUACACGCCAGAGAUUGGGUUCUUUUGGGCUGACUGGAUCUCUAUGAUCAUCGCUGGCGUUGUAUUGAUAGUCGUGAUCCUCGGUCAGCCGGAGACGUUCAGCCCUAUCCUACUGGAAUGGCGUGCGAAGCACCUACGUGACCUAACGGGCGACGACCGUUAUCGCGCUGAACAUGCUGCCACUUCCACUAGCUCGUUUAGUGCUCGGUUGUUGACCAAUGUUUACCGACCUUUUGUGAUGAUCUGGACUGAGCCUCUUAUCCUGAUAUUCAGCUUUUAUCUUGUCUUGCUAUACUUUGUGCUCUUCACUUCCCUCAACGGCUAUCCCUUCAUAUUUGCUAACGUGUACGGGAUCUCUACGAGCUUAACUUUUGUCAUCUUUGCCGCUAUGGUCCCUGGUGUUCUCGUCGCUCUGGCUUUGGUUCCUUUGCUUUAUGGCCUCACCAAGAAGGCUGCCAAGAAGGCUGAGGAUGAAGGUAAAGCUUUACAGCCAGAGGUGUCUCUCUGGUGGGCUAUGGCGGGGGCUUCUAUUCUGAUGCCCAUCUCACUUUUCUGGAUGGCUUGGACUUGCUAUUCUUCUAUCAGUAUUUGGUCGCCGAUCGUGGCCUCCGGUAUUUUCGGCUACGCUCUUGUCUGCAUCUUUACUACAACAUAUAUGUACACCAUUUUUGUUUACCUGAAGUAUGCAGCCUCAGCUCUGGGAUUUAUGACGUUCUCCCGAUACGUCGUCUCUGGCGCUCUGAGUCCAGCCUCGGUCAAGAUGUAUGAGAACAUUGGCCCCCACUGGUCGUUGACAAUUGUCGGCAUCGUCGCAACUAUCAUGGCACCCGUGCCCUUUGUCCUGUAUAAGUUUGGUCACAGGGUCCGUGCAAUGAGCAAGAAUGCCCAGAACAAGGUGUAA